ACCUCUUGAAGAGAAAUUAUGCCCUAAUAAGCAAGAGCACAAUCAUUGGAGCAAUUGCGCUCGAGAGGGAGAUGGCGUCUUUGGGUUCUCUCAAAUCCGCGAUCUUCGACAAGGAAGAGAAGAAGCUGCAAUACCAAUCCCACAUCAGAGGUCUCAAUGCUUACGAUCGGCACAAGAAGUUCAUCAAUGAUUAUGUUCGAUUUUAUGGAAAUUCAAAGAAUACACAUGACAAUUUGCCUAUCAAAACUGACCAAGAUACUAUCAGAGAAAACUACAGAUUCAUUGUUAAUGAAGAAGAUGAUAUGGACUCAACUUGGGAGAAAAGGCUUGUCAAGCGAUACUAUGACAAACUUUUUAAAGAAUAUUGCAUUGCAGACAUGUCUCACUACAAAAAAGGCAAGAUUGGCCUAAGGUGGAGAACUGAAAAAGAAGUUGUAUCUGGAAAAGGCCAGUUUGUGUGUGGCAAUAAGCAUUGUGAUGAGAAAGAUGGCUUAGGAAGUUACGAGGUAAACUUUUCUUACUUAGAAGCAGGUGAAAAUAAACAAGCACUUGUGAAAUUGGUUGCUUGCAAGAGAUGUGCAGAAAAGCUUGUCUAUAAGAGGCAGAAAGAAAAGGAGAGAUCAGAAGCACAAGCAAAAGACAAGGAGAAAAGGAAGAGAGAAAGGACAAGGCAUGAUGAAAGCUCGGAAGAUGGAUACAGCAGUAAUCCUGAUAAAAGGAAAAAGGGGAAAAUAACCUCAUCUUCAGCAACCAGCAAAAAGAGAAGGGACGAAGAAGACUUUGAUGAGUUUCUUGAGGGAAUGUUUCUAUAAUUUGACUUCUUGUGUUCCUUUAACUGUUAUCAGUCAUGAGUUAUUUGUAUUUUCAUGUAAAUUAUUGUCAUAGAUUGCAAUGAAACGUUAGUAAUGUUUGAUCUGA